AUGGGCGACGUUCAUCACAGCCAUCCGCCCACGAAUGAAUUUAGUCUCUACCACGCCACUCUGCCUUCAAGAGCUGAUUAUCUGAAGGAAUCAUCUGUAGUAUCCGAGACCGAGAUUCACCUCAAAGACAACGCGGCGGCGAUUCCCCGGACUCUUUUCCCCUCAGAAGCUGAGACCCUCUCUUACGAGCAGCAGCAUAAGGUCGUCUUACAGGUAACCAAACGUGGAAGCCUUGAACUCAGCAUCGACCACCAUGCUGCACAGAAAGAUCAACUAGAACCUAUUCAAAACCAAAACCAAGACCAAAACCAAGACCGAGACCAAGACCAUCUCACCCUCCUCACCUCGCUCAACAAACAAACCACCUCCCUACUUCAGAUAUACUCUCAGUCCCAAUCAAAAAGCGAAGAAGGAGGAGAUACCAACGUCUUGGAACAAGCGGUUGUGCUGGGGCAGGUAGCUCUAGUCCUAGCUUCUUCGCUUAUCGCUGUAUCCGCGACGUCUGGAGAUGAUAGGGUUGUGUGUCGUUUGGAUCUUCAUUCCAAGGCCCGGGUAGAGAUAAAGGUAGAGGUACAGACACAGGUUCAGAGAGAGGUGGUGGUGGCAUUGGCGAAUAUGGGCGUGGCGCUUGUAAAGCAGUUUGAUAGGACGGGGGAUAGGAGGGAUUUGGAGGAGGCCGGGUGGAUUCAUGCCAGGGAUGGAGGUUAUAGCAGGGAGAGGGAGCCACAUCUUGCCCAACCCCAGCUCGAUCCUUACGAAACUCUCAAGGCGACCUCUGCUGACAACACUGUCCAGACGCCCCCCAACAGAGAUACCAUCCAGACAUCCGCGCAGUCCGCAUCGAAAAACCCCCUCUAG